AUGGAAGUCAUCGGCACAGCCACCGCCCUUAUCGCCGUUGCAGAGUUCUCAUUGAAGCUAUUCAAGGCGUGCGACUCUUACUACAGGGCUGUUAAGGAAGCUCCGCGCGAGAUCAAAAGACUUUCCGAAGAAACUAGGUCCUUUGAUACCAACCUGAGGAUACUCCACGCUAUAGCGACCUCGCCCGACGCAGCCAAAGUCCCAAUACUCGUGGAAUUGAUGAAAGCCGAUGGCCCACGGGAAGAAUGCCAGGCUCUAUUGCGCAGUCUACUCACAAAACUUGGCGAAGGGAACGAUCGACAUGCCAAGCGCAAAGUAUUCAAGCAAAUGAAAUGGCCGCUUGAGAAAGAGGAUAUGGACAAUGGCAUUUCGGUUCUAGAGAGGCAUAGAAAGGAUCUAGACUUUGCGCUGAGUAGUGACAACUUGAAUAUUUCUGUAGCCACAAACCGUAUGAUUGCUCAAAUUUAUGACAAUACGGCGAUGAAGCAGAAGGACGACCGUUGCGAUAGAAUACUCGAGUGGCUACCAACCACAGAUACCGCAAUGAACCACGAGGAAGCUCGUAAGAAGCACCAGGACGGAACGGGAGAAUGGCUAUUCAAGACGGAUCAAUGGGGAAACUGGAUCUCCAACAGAGGCUCCGUGAUGUGGCUUAACGGAAUGCCUGGCUGCGGAAAGACCGUCUUGGCAUGGACGACGUCAGAACUCGACAGUAUCUCAGACGUCUAUGUAGUAGUCGAUGCGUUGGACGAGUCCUCCCUUCAGAAGGACGCCCGAAAAGAAGUCUUAGAAGCUGUCAAGCGGCUGGCCGGUACGAAAAACACCAAGCUGCACUUACUUCUGACCAGUCGCCCGGAAUUGGACAUUGUAGACUCUCUGGCACCACUAUUAACCGUUCCAGGGAUCUCCAUCCAGAGUCACCAAAUCCAGGCCGACAUUUCCCAUUAUGUGUCGACACAGAUCAGAGAGAGCAAUACCCUGCGAAAGCUCCGACCAGAAGAUGCUUUGAGGAUACAAAAUACUUUGACCGAAAAGGCCAACGGAAUGCAAGUAUUCUCAGAUCUCAUCUACACCUUUAGCUCGAUGGCACUUUGUGGCGGAACGACGAUUCGAUGGGUUUUCUGCCAGAUGGAAGUCAUCCGCAAAUGCAUCUCAUCAUCGGAUAUCUACAAGGCAUUGGAUCGCCUGCCAACUGAUCUCAACGAAACAUACGAUCGAAUCCUCGAAGCUAUUCCUAAAGCCCAUCAACCCAUCGCCCAUAGAGCCCUCGCCUGGUUGUUUUUUAGCAGGUCGCCACUGUUAGCCGAUGUGCUUGCGGAAGCUUCCAUCAUCGAUCCAUGCGCGUAG